CACAAUCUGCCACUAUAAACUAAGCAAAACAACAGAUUAAAGACGCAUUAAAAGAUUUCCCCUAAACUAUGGCUUUAACUUUAGGGAGGAUGACAAUCAAUAAUGGCCUUAGGAGGGCAAUUCAACACAUGAGUUUAAACUCAACGAAAGGACAAAGAUUUUACAGCGCAAUUUCAAAAGAAGAAAAAACAAGCGCUGAUUCAGAAGGUGCAGGUGGGACAGUGAUUUCUGAGAGGAGGGGUACGGUGAUGGUUAUUGGGAUUAACCGUCCUGAAGCACGCAAUGCGGUAAAUCAAGAGACUGCUCAGAGACUGACUGAGGAGCUGUCAGCUUUUGACCAGGACAACAGCCUUGAUGUGGCAGUGCUUUAUGGAGUCGGAGGGAAUUUCUGUGCUGGUUUUGAUCUGAAGGAGUUGGCCCAGACCUCUGGUUCUCUCAUAAUGGAACAAGAUGUCUGUCAUGGUCCUGGUCCCAUGGGUCCAUCUCGUAUGAGGCUCUCAAAACCAUUGAUCGCAGCAGUCAGUGGUUACGCUGUGGCUGGGGGUCUGGAGCUGGCCCUGCUGGCUGAUCUGAGGGUGGUUGAAGAGAGCUCCAUCAUGGGCGUUUUCUGCCGCAGAUUUGGUGUGCCAUUGAUUGAUGGGGGUACGGUGAGAUUGCCACAGCUGAUUGGUCUCUCGCGAGCUCUAGAUCUCAUCCUUACAGGCCGACCGGUGAAGGCGCAAGAGGCUUUAACAUUUGGACUGGCAAACAGAGUGGUGCCUGAUGGCCAAGCACUUCAAGUGGCUCUUGAACUUGCCGAACAGGUCAGCGCAUUUCCACAGCUCUGUCUCCGUGCCGACCGUAACUCCGCCUACCAUGCUGCCUUUGACUCUUCCUCCUUCACCCAGGCCAUGCAGUAUGAGUUUGACCAUGGUUUGCCAGUCAUUGCAUCUGAAGCAGUCACUGGAGCAACAAAAUUCAGCUUAGGCGCUGGAAGAGGUGGGACGUUCUCUAAGAGUAAACUGUAAACGGCCAGAUGAAUGGACGUGAGACAGAGUGUAACUAAAUAAUGCUGAUAUUACGGUUAAUUUUGCAGUGUAUCAUAGGUUAGAGUCUAUGGACUGUUUCUUGAUCCAGUCCACAUCUGGGUAAAGAUAACACUUAAACCAGCAUGCCGUGACAAUUAAACAUUUGUUAAAUAUGCAUCUAAUUGUUUAAAGCUUGUAAAUCAUGAAGAGGUCUGCAUUUGCCUCUGAUCAAGUUCUCAUUGUAAGUUUUUUUUUUUUUUAUAUUGCUAAUCAAAUAUAUUAAAGAUCAUACUAAAGAAAAUCUGAAUCAAACUUGAGUUCUUACUUAAUAUCAUAUUCCACCAAGUCAACAUCAUGCUUUUGUUUGUUUGUUUAGACAGGCAACAGCUCACCAACAAGCUUCACAGUCUGAUGUAUCAUUCACUUCUGGAGCACAAACUGAGCAGUUUACCUAGGGUUAAGGCUUUGCUCAAAUCACUAAAACAAAUCAAGUGUUUGUGUUUGAAAAAUAAAUAUACUAAAAUGUAUUUAAAAUACAUUUAUUUCAUGUUAUGUAUACUACAAAUACAUUUACAUAUUAUGUACUUAAUAAAAAUACCCUGCAGUUGUACUUUUAGUAUACUAAAGUGGUAUAUUUAAAGUCUGCUAAUUUUGUGCUUAAUGCAAUUUGUCUGGAAGUAGUGCUGAAGUCCAACUAAAGAUAUACUUAAGUAUAUUUGAUUGUGCUAAAGUGGAACUAUUGCAAGUAUACUUAAGGUACACUUUAAAUAUUUUGCAUUUCAAGACGAUAUUAUUUAAAGAUCAUACAAUCCUCAUAAAUAGUGACAUUAAAACAUAUUUUAGGCUUAAUAUUUAGAAAUGUGCAUUGUGCACAAGUAGUACUCCAAAUUAAGUUUAAUUACAGCUUUUAAAAAAUAUAUAUAUAUAUCAGUAAGUCUCAAACGAUAUGUCAAUAAAUAUGUUAAAAGACUUAAAGUGGUCAUUGGAUGCAAAACUCACUUGUACAUGUUGUUUGAACACAAAAGUGUGUACACAACCACCCUGUAAUGAUAAAAAUUAAAAAUUAAAAAUUAUUUUUUUUUUUUAAGUAAAAUCCCCCUUUUCAAAUCGAGCCUUUCUGAACUUCUUGGCGGUAUGAUGUCACACCGACCAAUAGUUGAUUGACAUGGCUGUCUUACCUUAGACCCGCCCUGACUGACCUGUAACAGUCUGACGGCCAUUGUGUUGACUCUGGUGCAGGGGAAGACAAGAAAGUCUCCGACUGAGCGAUUAAGGUGUCGGAUGUAAUAAUGAACGAAGCAGUCAUCAUUUACUCCCAACAUCUGAGCCGCUGAAGAUGCAGAGGGUUAACGUUACUUUCGUUUUAGAAGGAAAUGGGCCCGGCGAUCUGCAUAAUUGCGUCUAUGUUCGUGAGAAAUCAUUUGUGAUCCAGCUUCACCUACAGCAGAAUCACCUUUCUUAAUAAUAAAGGCUAAAUGCCGCUAAAGUAAACUUUACGUCUUGUCACCCAAAAGUAGAGAGGGACAGGGUGAGCAGAGCUUUAAAGGCAAAUACAACAGAAUGGCUCGCUCUAAAAAGGGCUGAUUUUGACAAGGUAAAAAGGGUGUUUUUUUAGACUACCACUGAGAAAUUUUAACCAAAGUAUGUUACAGACUUCUCAUUAAGACCCUAAAGAGUCAUAUCAACUUGUGGAAAAUGGGCAUCCGAUGACCCCUUUAAACUAUAUUUAGUAUAAAAUAAAUGCAUAUUAAAUCUAUUACUUUUUUACUAGAGACAUAAUGUCAUACCCCUGUGGACUGUUUAUGUUGGUUUCUCCCUCUUGUGCCCAAAUUUGGUUGUUCCUGUUUCCUGUCCUCGUUUAAUCAUCAUUGGUUUACCUUGUUUCACCUGUGCCCUAAUUAAGUUCAUCAUUAUCAUCUGUCUUUAUAAGUUGCAUUCUGUUCAGUGUUUGGUGUCCGGUCUCGUCAAUGAAUGCGUGUAUCUACCCUCCUGUGGAUUUACCUGUUUUG